AUGUCAAGAAGAUUCAUUGUGGCAGUCUUGUUAUUUGCAUUAGUUGCUGUGGCAUUGGUGGCUCAACCAAAUGUUGCUAGCAGAGUGCUCGAUCGAGUGUUCUCCGAUAUGGAGAUUGAUGCGCUUGUGAACGAUGCAGUGAAUGAAUUGUCAGACGCAGAGGCUUUAUUGUCAUCAGGAGCUCAACUUGCCUCUACUACUUCUUUGAACGUGAGAUCUGGUCCUUGUACUGACAAGUCCAUUGUCACAACUUUGAGCGAGGGUCAAGUUGUCUCUUUCACAGGAACCUCAACAACUGCAUGUGGUCACACUUGGUAUGGAGUUCGUGGUAGUUUUGGUUCCGGUUAUGCUUCAAGCAAAUACCUCAGAGAAGUCAACUCUGGUGGAAAUUCUGGUAUUGAAGCUAUUCGAUCAAGAGCUGCGGAUUGGGCUGCUUCAAAGGUUGGCUCCUGCUAUUCCCAAGCACACAGAUAUGGAAAUCCUUGCUAUGACUGCUCAAGUUUGGUCUAUCUUGCUUACAAACAAGCUGGUAAAGAUGGACUUCCAUUGACCACUCGCAAUUAUCCAAAUCCAACAGUUAGAGAAAUUUCCUUCUCUCAAAUUGCUAAAGGUGAUAUUUUGUGGCGUGAAGGACAUGUUGGCAUGUACAUUGGAAACGGCCAAAUCGUUAACGCUGAGAAUGAAAAGAAUGGAGUUCGUAUCAGAGAUUAUCAAGCAAGCAAGGGCAGAUUCACCAAGGUUUAUCGUGUCGUUUAA